AUGGCAGAUAUCAAGAUCGACAGCAAGCUCUUCCAGGAGCGCAUCAACCAUUUCGUCAAUGCCUGGAAGGCCGACAAACGCGCUUCCGACACCGUCUUCGGCGGCGUCUCCUCCAUCCUCAUCAUGAUGGGCAAGGUUGAGGACAACCCCGAGUUCCAUAAGAAUAACGCGAUGCACUUCUGGUUACUAGGCUACGAGUUCCCGACCACCCUGAUGCUCCUCACCACAGACUGCCUGUACGUGGUCACGACGGCAAAAAAAGCAAAACAUCUGGAGCCGCUUAGGGGUGGCCGAUUUCCCAUUGAGGUCUUGGUUAGGAGCAAGGACGCGGCGGCGAAUGAGAAACAGUUCCUUACGAUUGCCGACACCAUAGAUACCGCCGGGAAAAAAGUAGGCGUUCUCACCAAGGACAGGUCUAAUGGCCCGUUUGUCGACGAGUGGAAAAAGGUCUACGGUGAUAAGUGCAAGGAUGCCGAAGAGGUCGAUAUCUCCGUUGCCCUGUCGACUGCUGCCUUCUCUGUGAAGGACGAGACCGAAUUGCGGGCCAUGCGCGCUGCUUCGAAAGCCUGCGUCGCCCUCAUGACCCCCUACUUCCUAGACCAGAUGUCCGAUGUUCUCGAUCAGGAGAAGAAGGUGAAGCAUAGCGCUCUCGCCAACAAGGUCGACGCAAAGCUGGACGACGAGAAGUGGUGGAAGUCCGUCGAGCUGCCGAACAAACAGAGGCUCCCCUCGGAUUUCGAUGUCUCGUCGUUAGACUGGUAUCUCGGUCCUGCCGUUCAGAGCGGUGGCCACUACGACCUGAAGCUUCAGGCAGAGCCAACCGGCGACAAUCUACAUCCGGGUGUUAUAAUUGCCGGCAUGGGUCUCCGAUACAAGUCGUACUGCUCUUCUAUCGCGCGGACAUACCUGGUCGACCCCAACAAGACGCAGGAAAGCACCUACAGAUUACUCUACGCCGUUCAUAACCUGGUGCUCAAGGAGAUCAGAGACGGUGUUGUCGCCAAGGAUGUCUACGGCAAAGCCUUGGCCCAUAUCAAGUCGAGAAAACCUGAUAUGGAGAAGCAUUUCUUGAAGAACGUCGGAUCUGGAAUCGGUAUCGAGAGCAAGGACCCGACAUUGAUUCUCAAUGGCAAGAAUACCCGUACUUUGAAGGACGGCAUGACCCUGUGCGUAACAACUGGCUUCACCGACAUCGAAAACCCAUCGCCCAAGGAUAAGCUCAGCAAGACCUACUCCUUGGUUCUCACGGAUACCAUCCGCGUGACCAACAACGAGCCGGUCGUAUUCACCGGCGACGCCCCUACCGACCUCGACGCGACCUCGUUUUUCUUCAAGGAUGACGAGGAGAUGCAACCCACCCCCAAGAAGGAGAAGAAGGACUCCCGUGUCGGUGCUGUUGCUACAAAGAAUAUCACUAGCACACGCCUGCGGUCGGAACGUAGUGCUCAGGUUGACGAGGAUCAAGAGAAGAGACGCCGGGAACACCAGAAGGAGCUCGCUCUUAAGAAGCAGAAGGAAGGGCUGUCACGGUUUGCCGAGUCCACCAAUGGCCAGGACGGUACCGAAAUCAAAAAGUUCAAGAAAUUCGAGUCGUAUAAACGAGAUAAUCAGCUGCCGAUUAAGGCCAGGAACCUGGAGAUCUUGGUAGACCAAAAGAACCAUACCAUCCUGCUCCCCGUCAUGGGCCGGCCGGUUCCUUUCCACAUCCACACGAUCAAGAAUGCGAGCAAGAACGAUGAAGGAGAGUGGUCGUACCUGCGGAUCAACUUCCUUUCUCCUGGUCAGGGAGUAGGCAGAAAGGAUGACCAGCCGUUCGAAGACGCCUCGGCACAGUUUGUGAGGAGCUUAACAUUCCGCUCUCGGGAUGGCGAUCGGUACGAAGAGAUUGCGGCGCAAAUCUCGAGCAUGAAAAAGGAAGCUACGAAGAAGGAACAGGAGAAGAAGGACAUGGAGGAUGUCGUAGAACAAGAGAAGCUCGUCGAGAUACGAAAUCGGCGUCCGCCUGUUAUGGAUAACGUCUUCAUACGUCCUGCACUGGAGGGCAAACGCGUGCCUGGCAAGGUCGAGAUCCACCAGAAUGGUAUCAGAUACCAGUCGCCGCUGAGCACGCAGCAGAGGGUUGACGUGUUGUUCUCCAACAUCCGCCACCUGUUCUUCCAACCCUGCGCCCACGAACUGAUUGUCAUCAUUCACCUUCACCUCAAGGAUCCCAUCAUCGUUAGUAACAAGAAGAAGACGAAGGAUAUACAAUUCUACAGGGAAGCGACGGACAUCCAAUUCGACGAGACCGGAAACCGAAAGCGAAAGUAUCGCCACGGUGACGAGGACGAGUUCGAGCAGGAGCAAGAAGACCGCCGACAUCGCGCGGAACUUGAUCGCCAGUUUAAGAGUUUUGCUGACAAGAUUGCCGAAGCGGGCAAGAAUGAGGGCGUCGAGGUAGAUAUGCCGCUUAGAGAGCUUGGCUUCAGUGGCGUUCCGUUCCGCAGCAACGUCACGAUCCAGCCUACGACGGAGUGUCUCAUCCAAAUCACCGAGCCGCCGUUCAUGGUGGUUACGGUGGAAGACAUCGAAAUUGCCCACCUGGAGCGCGUGCAAUUCGGAUUGAAGAACUUCGAUCUGGUAUUCGUCUUCAAGGACUUCACCCGACCGCCCGCCCAUAUCAACACGAUUCCUGUCGAAUCUCUCGAAGACGUCAAGGAAUGGCUAGAUUCUUCCGACAUCGCCUUCACCGAGGGCCCUCUGAACCUGAACUGGCCCACGAUCAUGAAGACGGUUACCGCUGAUACCCACCAAUUUUUCGCCGAUGGCGGCUGGUCUUUCCUUCAAAACGAGAGUGACGACGAGGAUGAAGAGGAGGAGGAAGAGGAGUCUAACUUCGAGAUCGACGAGUCCGAACUGGAGGAGGCCAGCGAAUCUAGCGAGGACGAUUCGGACUUUGACAGCAACGCAUCUGCCGAAGACAGCGAAGAGGGCUCGGACGAAGACGAGGAUGGGGAAGACUGGGACGAGAUGGAAAAGAAGGCGAAGCGGAAGGAUCGCGAGAGUGGCCUCGAAGAAGAAGACCGCAGCCGCAACAAGAAGCGACGCCGCUAG